AUGUCACAAAACGGAAAAUUCAAACUUGCUCAGCAACAACUGGGUGAAAAAGCUCUUGAUGCACUUUAUAAAAUCCGAAAAAACAUUGACUUUCGCAAACUAACACCAAAACUUGCAAUGAAGAUUUUUGACUCGAUCAUUUCCCCCAUAUUACUGUACAACUCAGAAAUUUGGGGUGCUUACAAAAAAACGACUAUAAUAAAUGGGAGAACUCAGAAAUCGAAAGAUUCUGCAAGUUAUAUUUGGGUGUAA